GACAACUUAUUAACAUCUGUAAUAAGCAACAUAAUGUCAAGGCGAACCAGAUCCGACGCUGGAACAGGAGAGGUCCUGGAGCUUACACGAAUGACUAAAAAAGGCAUACAAGCUCUUUGCAAGAAAAAUAAACUGUACCAGACCCCGGAAUUGAACGAUGUUUUAUACCUACAUUACCAAGGGUACCGCGAUAUCGAGUGUCUUGAAGAAUAUACCGGCUUGAAAUGUUUAUGGCUAGAAAAUAACGCAAUAUCGGAAAUAGCAGGACUGGAUAAUCAAAAACAGCUUAAAUGCCUUUUUCUCAAUAACAAUCUUAUCAAAAAAAUCGAAAAUUUAGAGAACUGUCCCGAACUGGAUACUCUGAAUUUAGCCAACAAUCACAUAAGUCGCAUCGAGAAUUGCGGAGUAGACAAGCUCCCAGUUCUCACAACUUUAAUCCUUUCUCACAAUUACAUAAGAACGGCUGAGCAGUUGGAGCAAGUUGUAAACUGCAAGAUGUUAUCAGUUCUAGAUUUAGCCCACAAUCGUAUUGAGGACAUUUUGGUGGUGAAGAUUUUUGCACAAAUUCCGGACUUACGUGUUUUAGAUUUAGAUGGGAAUCCAGUUAUUAACAAAAUUCCGCAAUACAGAAAGACUUUGAUAUUGGAAUGUAAAAAUUUAACGCAUUUGGACAGGAGACCAGUUUUUCCUAAGGAUAGAGCUUGUGCUGAGGCUUGGAAACGUGGAGGGUAUGAGGAAGAACGACGAGAGCACUCCAGAUGGAAUAAGGCGGAACGAAGGAAAAUUCGGGAAAGCGUAAAUGCUACACUCCGUCUUCGUAACAGAGGUGGUGGUGACCCACAAGUCGAACUUAUUGCUUCGAGUAGCGAUGAAGAUGAUACCGAACGCUCGUCAGCACCGCCCAAAGAGGACGACGAGACGCAGCCCGUUGCUGAUACAUUGAGCUCAGAUGAGACAGUUCAAUAUGUCGAGUAUUAUGACCCUGAAUCAGUCCCGCAGCGAAAGCCUUCCCGUGAGAUUCGAAAAUGUCAAAUAUGUGGUCGGGUGGAAUGUAAUUAUGUCCACAUUGAGCAACGUUCUCCUGAUUCUAAAGUAAUUGAAGACCCAGAAAGCAUAUUAGAAAGUACGAAAUUCUUCCAGGAAGAGCACAUUCCGGAAAGUAAUAUUGAAUGUAAAGAAGAAGUUGCAAAUGAUCCAGAGGACAAUUCUUAUUCAAACACAGAAAAUAAUGCUAGAAACUUGGAGGAAAGUGACGAAUCAUCUCCAGAUGACAACGAUAAUCAACAUAAUCCGCACAAGGACGAUCUUUAUGAAAAAGCAUUUGUUAAUUAUUUGGACACUGUAGAUCGCCUUAUUUACAUUGAAUCUAAAAUAGAAGCUGAAAACUCAGCUCGGGAUAAUCUUAGCAAAAACAGCAGUGAUUCAAAUAUAACUACUUCGCAUGAUAUUAAAGAAGAAAGUGUCACUGAGAAUAAAACCAAAGUUAAAAGUAUUAAGGAGGCUGGAAAUGUUUAUGGUAUGCUUUCUGAUGAAUUAGAUGGAAAGUGUGCUGAUGGAGGAGGAAAUGCCAGAAUUAGCCCAAGGAGUGAGUCUGUUGAAGCUCAAAACCGUUUCUUAAGGAAGGCAAGACUUGACAACUUUCCUUUUCACGAGGUGGGUGGACAAGGUGAAUUAACUCCUGAGCAAACAGCUAGCAUUGAUGAGACAGCGCAAAAUAUUCUGAACCAACCAAAGGGUGAACACUCAGGUUCACAGGUUUCUGAAAUAUCCAUUGAGCCCUCCGCUGUUGAUGAAAAACAAUCGAUUGCGAAUUCUAUUGAUCAAAGUUUGGAUGAUCAGCAGAAGUCUGCUGUUAAAUUCAUUGUUGAUUCAGAUCGUGAGGCUGGAUAUAAUGAAAGGCACCCAGAGGCUGCGCUAAUGCCAAAUAUUGGCAAAAUUCCACAAUCAAGUGAAAAGAAAAAACAAGUAACAAUUAUUGCCGAGUCCGAAGUCAAUCAGGAGCGGAUGAAAAUUCCCACAACCCCAAUUCCUUGCAGAAAGGGACGGAAAAUCGAUUGGAGUCGCAUUCAGGAGAAGUCUAAAAGGACCAAAAUUGACAGAGAUAAUAGCAUGGAGGGUAUGCUAGACAUAUUUGCUGAAUGGUCUCUCCAUCCAUUAGAGGAGGAAUCAAAUAUUCAAAAUGCCUGUUCGAGACCUACUGUGGAUAAUGAAGAUAAGGAGGCACCUCUUGUGGAAGAAAAUGGAUUAUCAUCUACUCUAAAUGAGUCUGCAAUGAAUACAGUUUCCCCACCUGAAUGUACAGUUCUCUCACCAAUUCCUCAGCACAUAAUGUGUUCACCGAUACUUGAGCAUAGUUCCAGGAAUUCUAGUCCAGAAGAUAGCGACGAACUAAUUCAGGACGAAAAUGCCAACCUUGAGAGGAAAGAAGAGGACUCGCUAGAUAGUUCUUCUGAAACAGGUGGUGAAAAUAAUAACUAUGAUAACAACGUUGGCGUUCCUGUUACUACGAUUAGAGACUUUGUAAGUUCUUACGAUGCUUUCCUUCACAGCAUAGAGGGGCGUGUACAGGAUUUGAGUUUAAGGUGCAAAACAAGUUGUGUUCCUCUGAAAUACUUGAAAGAGCAACCGGUGGAAGAGUGCAUAUCUGCUGUUUUGGAUACAAAAUCGGAAGCUUCCGAUAAGGCCACAGGAGGGAUUUUAAAUGAAGAAUAUUGUGAAGAAGAAACCCUUUCUCAAGAAAAUGAGAGAGAUCAGAAUAAAGACAGAAAUUACGAAGAGCGUUUUCUUGGAAAAGAGUCAGAGAAUUGUUCUGAAGAACACUGGAAUAUGUUUGAUUCUCUGAAAGUUACAGGAAUAGAGGUUACCUCUGUACUUGACAUCCAAGAAAGACAGAAUUUGGAAUGCGAUUAUAAGUUGGAAUCUGAGCAAUCUUCCAUAACAGUUGAUAGGGAACAAAAAGUAGAAGUCAGCCAUAUCACCAGCAUUGAGAGAAACGUUGACUCGGAUACAAAUUUAGAGUUGAAUGAAGAUAUUUGUGCUGAGAAAAGUAAUUCCUGUCAAUCUGAACAUCUAAAUGAACGAAAAGUGUCUGUUUUCGGAAAUCGCAGCGUUCCUUUACAAUCUUGCGGUUAUUAUACUGACAAGGGACGACGAAAUUCUGAGAUUAUCAGUAGACUCCUUAAAAGUCCUUUGACAAAGGCGAUAACUGCUGGGGGCAUUCAGAAAAAUUUGGAAGAUACUACCGAGGAAUUAUUAAGCAUGAGUGCUGUCCAAAAAGCUAAACAAAUUAAAGAUGCUCAAGACACUGUACAUACAGUGUAUUCGCAGAAACAGGAAUAUGAAGGAUCUCUUGAAAUAAUCGAUAACAAAUUGGUUAUAAUUCCCAAAAGAACGUUAGAUGAAAAGGAUUUUGACGAAAAUGUGGAAGCUAGAGAUUUCAGUGAGUCGAAUAAGGUAGCAGUUUCGAGCGACGUGGACUAUCAAUCAGCCAGCGAAAUCAUCCUGAAAAGUAGCACUGAACAAGUUGAUUGCCACGAAAUACUUAGAACUCAACCAGGUGGUUCAAUAUAUUUGGAAGGGCUAAAAGAAACUGAUAUUGUUGAGGAAUAUCAAAGAGUAGUUGAUUUCGAGAACUUUAAUUGUAUCAGCUCUCAAAAACCGACUGACAGCAACUUGAAUAUAACUGAAAGGAAGGAGGAUAAAUUCGCAAAACUACACACCGAAGAUGUUAUUGAAAUGACAAUAUCGUCGCUUACUCAAUCGAAUGAAGACAGCGCAGAAAUCUAUCAGGAAGCUCUCUCUAGCUACGUCAUUUCUGAAACAAGUGACGGACCUGAAAUUUUUGAAUCAGCUCUGGACGAAUUGAAUCCCAACAAUGAAGUCAUCUUAAAUUCUAUUGCUGAACAACCAACGCCACGCUAUGACUUUACUGACAUUCCGCAGGAUACGCUUAUUUCGAAAUCAAAUUCUAGUUGCGACGUUCAAUAUGACACAACAAUAGAAACUUUAACAAUAUCGUCCUCAUGUUGGGAUGAAAAAGAUGCCCCGGAUGAUUCUGUGGAAAAAUACAACACCCGCGAUAUACAGGAGAUGCGGGAACAUCAAAGCUGUGAAGGUUUAGAUCCUCUCCAGGGGAUGUGUCUUGAACAAUAUGAAACAACGGAAAGAAAUUCGAAGCAUAUAUCGAUGAGUUCAAGUGAUAACUCCGAUUUAGAGGAGGAGGAUAGCGAGAGCCACCCAGUUGACGUUUGCUUUACAUUAGAUAAAGGGAGGUAUACUAUCUGAAAUUGUUGGAAAGGCUAAUAUUUUACUUUGCAUUUAGUGGAACUAAUAUUUAUUUAUAAAUAAAGGCUUUUCAGAACUUA